CUGUUAAGUCAGAGCAUGUCGAAUGUCAGCUGGCAGAAGGAGCAACGGCACUCACUGUGGGGCUUCAUGGAGUUUGCAGGGCAGCUAAGACCUUCCGAGGCCUGUAACUACCUCGCAGUCCCAGGCCUCUCCGGCUUGGACCCAGACGAAGAUGAGGGCGAUUUAGUUGUCGGUUUCAGACCUAAAUCCUCCCCCAUACCAUCCAGAAGGAGCUCGUUCUCGGACGAGGACUCGGAUCCCGAGCCUCCUUACUGCAGCUCCCGGAGGGUGUCGUUUGCCGAUGCCAAAGGCCUCAGUCUGGUGCAAGUGAAGGAGUUUGACACGUGGGAUGUACCCAAACUACCGGGAAGUGACUCCUUAGUUGUCGAGGGUAAAGAUUCAGUGGAAUAUCACCUCUCGCCUUUAACUUUCUCCCUUCCAUUGCCUUCCGAAGAGGUGCUUGCCAAAGUAUUGAGUCAGAAAGUAGAAUUGGAAACAAUUGGGUUACUUCCAGGGACCACGAUACUUAAAGGAGUGAUCCGCGUUCUCAACAUCUCCUACAACAAGUCUGUCUACAUAAGAACUUCUUUGGACAGGUGGGCCACCCACUUUGACCUUCUGGCAGAGUAUGUCCCCGGCUCCAGCGAUGGAGUGAUGGACAGCUUCUCGUUUAAGCUUACUUUGGGGCCACCUUUCGGGGAUCAGGGAGUCAGGGUCGACUUUUGUCUGCGGUACGAAACUCCCGUGGGGACAUUCUGGGCUAACAAUAACAACAGAAACUACGUGCUCUCCUGCCAGCGCGGCAUGAAAGGGGGAACAGAGAAACCACAGAGGGAAAAUGCAAACAAGAAAAGCUGCCUGAAGUCCGUCAGUCAGAAUGUCUCCACUGUGGAAAACAUUUCAUCAAAGCCAGCUUCAACUCAGGAAAACAUGUCAACAGAUGAGUCUGUCCGGGGAUUGGAGGUGGGAACUUUGGAAACCAAGAAAACCUCUGAGGGACAAUCAACAACUUCGACCCAAGAGGGACAGAAACUACUGAUGGAGAACAAACAGAACAGCAGCAGAAGAAGGCAAAGACAAGCGGCACGGAUGGCCAGACUGAGGGACUGCUACACCCAAAGAGAUGGAGGAGCAAAUGACCCUAGCAAAGACAAAGCCUCCCCAGAAACAGAGCAAGUAACUCGCAAAGAAACCCCAGGAGACAAUGUUGUCGGUUUGCAGCCAUUUAACGAGGGACAAGUUAAGUCAGAAUGUCCUCAGUUUGUUUUUGAGGCCCUUGAAGAAGUACUUGACCAGACAUCCACCAAGCAAGUGAAAUCUGACCUGGCUGUAUUAGCGCGAGGCGAGAGUGCUCCAGAUGUCUCAAAUAACCCCCUGGAUUCAGACGGUGAGCCCGCCCCAGAAGAACAGCAAAAUAUCGGCAAGUUUGUCACCACAAAUCAGGAUGGAGACGUGAGUUUACCAUGCACUAGCAACUCAGUAACAGCGAGGAGCGAAACCCUCAUUAGUCAGAGCGACAGUUUCACAUUCGGCACAGUGGUUGCUGCACCGUACUGCCAGGCAUUUCAGAGGGUGCCAGCUGAAAACCCUGUAAAUACUGAAGACUCCAGCCUUCCCUCUGAACCCACACAGACCUGUGGCAUUGUUCCAGUUAGCACUAGAAGUAACAUGGGCAAAGUGCAGGGAGAUCUGACCAGCACUCAGGGACCAAGUGAUGAAAGCUUGUCUGUCAAACUGGUCAGUCCAACCUCUGAAGAAAAAAAGACCUCGAAUAAGAUCCCAAAGCAUUUGGACAUUGUGGAGAAGCCAACUGAGAUGGAAAAGAAAUCUAACCAAUCUUUGGGUCAACAAUGUCCUGUGGAAGACAAUGUGCUGUUUGAGAGUGUGAACUCCCAGACAGAAGCACAGGAGGAAAUUUUGGCCUAUGAAGCACCACAGUGUCAGUCAACAGAGACAAUGUUUUCCCUCAGUUCAGCAAAGGUAGAGGAAACCCUCGCAAAGGAUGAAAGUAAAGAGGAUCUCAAAGAUUUUUGGAUUAUGCUAGAGCAUAUAGACGAAGAGGUGGACCUACUGGUCAAUGGUGUCCAAGAGAAGAUUUGUGAGAGUGCAGAGGUCAGCAAGGAAAGUGAAAGUAGGAAAACUGCUUUGGUGAAAGAUAAACUUCUCCAGAUAUUCGAUGAAUUGAAUACCAACCUGACUGACAGCAAAGUUUGUCUGAAUAGUCUCGUCUAUCUUUGUGAACCAGAGAGAACGAACCUAACAUCACUAGCUGCAUCUUCGGAAACUCAAGAAGAUGCAAAAGAAACAAAAGCUGAAGGUAAUGAUAGCAACAUUGGUGAGAUCAAGGAAAUGUAUGACGUCACUCAAUCCAUCAUAAAUGACGUUAGAAGUAACAAUGAAUGCCAUGCCGAUAUGUUUAAAAGACAUAAUCAUCAAAAUGUUGUGGAAGAGACAGGGCGAUGUGAAAUGGACUCCUCUUUCUUAAAACAAGAUGAGGAUUUCCUUUUCAUAGACAUUGUAGAGGAGAAAAACUGGGAAAAGAUGGUUGAAGAGGAGGAAAACUGUGUCUUAUCAAAUGAAGAAGAAAGGGAGCUGCUACAUUUAACAACAGAGACCAAUGAAACUGAGGAGAAAGUAGAGGAAACAACAGAGGUCAAGGUACACAUUGCUGUGGUGUUAGAGAGUCAAGCAUGCCUAGGAAAGGAAUUCAAGCAGGUUAAGGCCAUAAAGACAGGUGGAACAGAAAGUACAGAAAUAGACAAAAUAGAAGGGCAAGAAGUAGCAGAGCAACAGAAUGAGACAGAGAGACAAUGGAUGAGUAUGGAAAAAGCAAGGCUCAGAGAGGAAGAGGAAAAGAUGGAAACAGAUAUGAAGCAGGAUAUAAUAAUCCCAGCUAGAGAAGCAGAAGAGCUUGUAGUUACAGAUGCAGACUCAGACAUGACAAAGCAAAACAACAAGGAUGAACCAGGGUCUUUUAAAGUAGGGUCAGACAUCACACAAAACAAGGUUGAAGAUGAUUUAUCUACUCUAGUGAGCAGAGCAACGAAGAACUGUCCAAAUGAGAGGCAAUAUGAGUCCAUCCAGACGGAUACCCUACGCAAGAAGGACGACCAAUCAAACACGGACACCAAGCACCUUACUUCCAAAGGCGGUAUGUGCGAUUCAUUGGAGGAACCUGACAGCGCUUCUGCAGAGUCGGACUCAGACGAAGAGCUGCGGUUGUAUGUGCACUGCCUGAGGGCACCGCAGGUCCACACAGACAAGAUCAGAGAGGCGGGGUUCACAGCACGCAAGAGGCCCUCUAUAAGCCGAGGCAAAGUGCUGUCAACAUCCAUGCCGUCCAUCAGCGAAGCUCUGGACGAAGAACAGCAGCACAGCAGCCCUCUGGAGACUUACGAGGUUGUAAAAACAGCUGCUGAGCCAAGAGCCAAUACACAGGAGAGUAUACACCAAACUGAGUGGAGGUGGAAAGACUUGUUUUCUUGCGACAAGGUCUCUAAGACAUUGCUGUAUGCCUCCUUAAUGAUUGGGUUUACAGUUGUGGCGUAUCAUUAUGAUUUCCUUGCCUGUUUCUUGCUUUACUUGAUAUCAGUCAUCUGGCUGUGCUGUCAAAGAGAGAGAGAACCCAUUAAAAACAAGUAAAGAAAUUAAUUACACUGUAAAAAAAAAAAAAAAAAAGAGCAGUUUUGAGUGUGUUUCAAAGAGACUCCUGGGCAUUAAACCUUAGAUAUGAGAAUAAUUCCUGAGUUUUCCCUAUGGGAGGAUGUGUAGAUUCUGUUGUCAAGAGUAUAAACAAUUAGCUGUAACCCAAACAGAAAAUUAUUAGGUAUUAUUAGUUCUGAACGGCAUGUUGGGGUGUAAAUAAAAGUUACAUGUUUGCUGUGUUGGGCUGUGGAAUAAAACCUAUAGUAAGAGGGUAAUAAAUUACAUAAAUGCUACCUAUUUGUGUGGACAUUUUUAACCCUUUAAUUGUCAUGAGGACAUCGAUGUCCACAUGGAUCCAUUAUAUAACAUGUAAGCAUUUUCAAGGUGACAGUAAAUGUGUAUUGUAAAGGGUUAAAGAGGCAAUCUCAUCUCACUUAAAGUUAACUACAACCAAUUUGAGAAGUACAGCAGACUUGUGGAAGCAGAUUCCCCAAUUAGAUAAGACCAAACGUUUCUGACCUAAAUGUUAUGGGAGGUAGAAAAACAAAACUGUACAGUUAUACUGUCAAGAAAAAAAUAAUAAAUUAAGCUACCAUUA